UUCACCUUCACCAUCGUUAUCACCUCCGAACCGACAACACACACCGUCCUCGACGCUGCGCCUCAUCAUACCCUUCUCUCUCGGCGGCAGAUACUCCCUACCCUACAAUGGCAUGGCGGUGGCUUUGGCGUUCCUUGGAACGGAUGACGGAAAGCCAUCGCCAACAGGAGGACCGCACGGGCUUCCCAGACUCGAGAUCCAAAACGAACACGAACACGCUGAAACUCUCUGAUCUCCCACCCGAAUUGAUUAUUUUGAUAGCAAGAAUGCUUUCGACUCAAUCCGCUGCAUGUCUCUCUCUCUGUAACCGAGCUAUGAGCCAAAUCCUUGGUCCCAAUAUCUGGCGUUGCUUGAAAAUUCAAAAUCCAGGAAUUCGUGCUUCCUUCCUCUCUGACUUGUCAAAGGAUCUUCCACAGCACUUUGUCUGCUAUCGCUGCGUUCAGCUACAUGCCAGCAGUGCAGUCCAAUGGCCCCGAACCAUUCCAAAGGCCCUCACUCGUUGCCUGGGGGAAGAACCUGCUUUUGUGCAUUGUUCGCAGUCAGCAUCACUGCUAAGAUUUCCCCAUAUCCAAUUGGCAAUGAAUCGACAUCAUCUUGGGCCUAGCCAUGGGUUUCCUUUGGAAGCUUUUCAGAGCGCUGAGGUUAUAGAGAGCGAUCUGUAUGGGAACAUUGUACUUCUAUCUGUUGACGCCCACAUUGUCUCCAACGAGCUUCUCAUGCGAUCCCAACAGUGGGUACUGCUGCCACACAACAGGCGCGACGAACUCGUUACUAAGCGUCUCUUCCAUCAUAUCUGUCAUCAUAUAUGGGCUCUGGGUAAGGCAGGGGACAAUUUACCGACCCUGAUGAAAAGUCGACUUGAUCUUCUCGAAGAACAAGGUCGGUGUUGUACCUCGACUGCGCAGUGCUUGAAAUGUCCAAUGGAUUUCGUUAUGGAUGCUGUAGAUCUUGGGGAAAGAGGUAUCGCGGGCUGUCUCACAAGGUGGAUUAAUCUUGGUGCCGGCUUGCAUCCAGCAGAUCCAAAAUGGCGAAGCCAUCUCGGCAAAUCGCUGCCUCGAGAAGUUACUUAUGAACCGCACGCCCUGGGCAGUAUUCGCUCGAGCUUCGAGAACCGGACUGCAAUACCGUUUAAAGACUUUACUGCUAGGAACAUAUACAAUCUCUUGUCAAGGCGUGAACGCAAGCUCAUUACUCGCAGAGCAGAUGGGUUUAUUUGGAAAUUGGUUUGUAGUGACCCGCAUCGGUGGUGUCUUGAGCAUGCAGAGCAGAGCUUGGGAUGGGUCCUUGCUCGCAUUUCUCAAUCCUUGUCAAGUAAAUAUUGCCAGUAAAACAACCCCUAAGGAU